AUCUCACUAUCUUCCUCAUAACUCCCUCAGACCGUGACAGAAUGUCUACAUCACAGCACCUCAUUUCUGCGGUGAUCAUCAUCUCCACUCUUUUGGGAGUGGAAGGAUCUAAAGGAUAUUACACCUCCAUAGUGGAUCAGUGUCACUACAGCUCGGGCCUGAGUGAUCUGGAGUACAUUAGGUCUUACUGGUUUAACAAGGCUGAAUUCAUACAGUUCAACAGCACUGUGGGAAAGUAUGUGGGAUACAGUGAGUUUGGAGUGCAUACUGCAGAGACCUUGAACCAGGAUCCAGCAAUUCUGGCACAGACGCGGGCUCAGAAGGACAGAGUGUGCAAACCCAAUGCCCAGACUGAAAUUAAUGCCAUACUGACAAAGAAAGUUCAGCCUGUGGUAAGGCUGAGAUUGGAGGAGGCCUCCAUCGGUGGUCAGCCUGCCGUGCUGGUGUGCAGCGCAUACGACUUCUACCCAAAGAUGAUCCGCGUGACCUGGCACAGAGAUGGCCAGGAGGUGACCGGUGAUGUGAUAUAUAGUGAGGAGCUGGCGGAUGGAGACUGGUACUACCAGAUCCACUCCCACCUGGAGUUCACCCCCAAAGCUGGAGAGAAGAUCUCAUGUGUGGUGGAGCACACCAGCCUCAGAGACCCUCUGGAGAUCACCUGGGACCCCUCCAUGCCUGAGCCUGAGAGGAAGAAGAUUGCCAUUGGAGCUGCAGCACUGGUGCUGGGGUUAAUCGUCUUUGCUGCUGGGUUCAUCUACUACAAGAGAAAGUGCAGAGGGUGGAUCUUGGCACCCAAGAGCUGCAUGGACCAGAGUCUUGAUAUGUAUGCACAUCAUAAGAAUAUAGAUAGCUAUUUCCUCUGGCUGUUAAAGUCUUACAGAUCUGUCACAGUACACUGUGAUUCAACCAAGACACCUAUCAAGAAAUCAAUCAUGAAUACUGGGGAUAGUAAUCAUCAAGAUUGCUAGCUGUUUUUUGCUGCCUUUUCCCCUCAAACUUGCUUUAGAUAUGUGAAUUAUGUACACCCUUGUCUCAAGACCAACAUAUAGUUGUUGUUUUGUUGUAGAGGAAGGACAGAUUGACAUUGUCCCCGGUUAAUAAACCUGAAGUAAAAAUGAUUAAAAAAAUAAUUUAAAAAGA